AUGUCAUCCCUCUUGAAUGGGAUGGCUGCUGGCCUACUUCUAUCCGCCACGGUAGUCUCCGGACAUGGAAACUCCAGGCUGGGUGCCAGUCCAAGCUACCAAGGGUUUAACAACAUGUGCCCUGAGCGAUGCAUCAUCACGGGAGCCAAACCCUCUAACUGGUCAACCUACCAGGAUCUCAACCAGCUUGCAAACUGCCACCAGAGCAUGUUUUACAGCUUCAAUCUGUACGAUGAUGUCGACGAUACCGAUUCCCACCACCGCAUCUUCGCUUGUACAACAUAUGGCAAUGAUUGGAACGAUGACUCGCUGGCCAAUUUACGUCUGUCGCAACCUGUGACCGAGCAAAAGGUUAACUAUGAGAUCGGCUGGUCAUCUUAUUCGGAGGGAACUGAGUCCGAGUACCGCUCUUUGAUCAAACAGAUGCGUGAUUAUAUUGCACGUGGGCAUGUUUCUCUCAGCAAUACUGGUAUGGUGUAUGCCCAGCUUGGAGGCAGUUCAGCUGGUAUCUAUAUCGGCAAUAGCCUGCAGAGCAAAGACAUCAGUGACAUGGCAUUGGAAUCCCUUAUUGAAGACUCCCAUGAUUUUGAUGGACAUCGAGAAAGUUUGGCCAUACAGCUCUGCGGGCCACACUUUGACUCUCAGCACAUCUUCGGAUUCAUGGCUCUGAGCAAUGGCUCCUUCAGAAACAUCCAAUCUGCUUUUGAAUCGUGGUCCAAUGCCGAGUGCCUUGAGUUCGAACACAGUACAAACUUCACGGCCAGCACUCACUUCACAUCGCCUAUGCUUUCCUCCAUCAAGCUUGAAAAUGCAACUACAAGCAGCAUCCAAGCCUCUCGCGCUUCUUUACCCACCGAGUCUUCGGCACCGCGGAUGGGGAACUCUCUAUCAUCUAGAGGGGAGUGCCGAACACAGACGGCCCAGUCAGGUGAUAGCUGUGCUACAAUGGCCACAAAGUGUGGCAUUCACAGUGCUGACAUCCUACGAUACAACCCUACACAGGGAUUCUGCUCGAAGCUGACGCCUGGUCAGCAAGUCUGCUGCUCCUCUCGUACACAUCAGCACAAGAGGAAUCGGCUUUCACACAAAGAUGAAUGCAAAACGGAAAAGGUUCGGAAGGAUGACAGCUGUGCCGCGCUUGCUACUCGGUGUAAGAUAUCUGGCGCUGACUUCACCAAAUACAACUCGGCGAAAGGAUUUUGCUCGAACCUGAAGGCUGGUCAGCAUGUCUGCUGCUCUUCUGGUAAACUCCCAGAUUUCAGCCCGAAGCCAAACAAAGACGGGAGCUGUGCUACAACCACGGUUGGGGAUGGUGAAAGCUGUUCGACUAUUGCCGCUGCCAAUGGUCUCACGGAGAAAGAUAUCGAUGGUUUCAACAAGAAGACUUGGGGCUGGACUGGAUGCAAGAAUAUCUUCAAGGAUUCUGUCAUCUGUAUCAGCAAGGGCUCUCCGCCCAUGCCUGCUGAAGUUUCUGACGCCAAGUGUGGUCCCCAGGUUCCAGGUACAAAACCCCCAAAGGACAUGGACAAGCUCGCCGAUCUGAACCCAUGCCCACUCAAUGCCUGCUGCAACACCUUCGGCCACUGUGGAACCACAGCACAGUUCUGUACGGAUACUAACACCGGCGCCCCUGGUACGGCCAAGGCCGGGACCAACGGUUGCAUCUCACACUGUGGCAGCAAGAUCGUGAAAGGAAACCCCCCCUCCGAGUUCCGAAGCAUCGGAUACUUUGAGGGUUACCAAUUCAAGCGUAAUUGCUUGUAUCAAGAUGCGUCGCAGAUCGAUCAUUCAAAGUACACUCACUUGCAUUUUGGUUUUGCUGAUAUUUCUGAUGACUAUGAAAUCAGCAUCGACGACAAGUCAACAUACUAUCAGUUCUAUAAUUUCCAAGAGAUCUCUGGCCCUAAGAAGAUUGUCGGCUUUGGUGGCUGGGACUUUUCCACGCAGGAAUCUACGUAUCAGAUUUUCCGCAAGGGAACCAACGCAGCUAACCGCAAGACGCUUGCUACCAACAUUGCGAAGUUCGUGAACAAACAUGGCCUUGAUGGUGUGGAUAUUGAUUGGGAAUACCCAAGUGCACCUGAUAUUCCUGGAGUUCCGUCGGGUGACAAAAGUGAAGGAUCGAACUAUCUCGCCUUCCUGGUUGUUCUGAAAGAUCUUCUUGGGGAUAAGUCUCUUUCAAUCGCCGCUCCUGCUUCAUACUGGUAUCUCAAGGGAUUCCCUAUCGCCAAGAUCAGUAAGGUUGUUGACUACAUUGUUUUCAUGACUUAUGAUUUGCACGGUCAGUGGGAUGCAGGGAAUCCCAAUGCUCAGCCAGGUUGUGACGAUGGAAGCUGUCUGCGAAGCCACGUCAAUCUGACAGAGACCAGAGAAUCCCUUUCUUUAAUCACCAAGGCUGGUGUGGACUCUGGUAAGGUGGUUGUCGGGGUCACCAGCUAUGGAAGAUCCUUCAGAAUGGCCGAUGCGGACUGUGACGGUCCACUGUGCAAAUUUACUGGAACCCGCCUGAGUUCCAAUGCUGACAAGGCCGACUGCACAGAUACCGCGGGCUAUAUUUCCAACGCCGAAAUCAAUCAAAUCCUCAAGCACAACUCAUCCCGCGUCAACAAGCACUAUAUUGACGCCAAGAGCAACAGCAACAUCAUGGUUUACGAUGACACAAAUUGGGUGGCUUAUAUGAGUCCCGAAGUCAGGGCCCAACGCUCCAAGAUGUAUGAGUCCUUCGGUAUGGGCGGCACAGUCAAUUGGGCAACCGACUUGGAACAAUUCAACGACCCCCCUGACGGAUUUGACGACUGGAAUGGCAUGAUCCUUGAAGCAAAAUCCGGGGUGAUCACGCCUAAAGGUGCUGGUACCCGCACUGGCAACUGGACCAAGAUCGGCUGCGACAGCGAAUACAUAACCCAAGAUGCAUUUUGGUCUACCUCGACUCGCUGGAAGCGACUUGAUGCAGCUCAUGCGUGGAGUGACGUGAUCGCAGAUUGGAAGGCCUACAGACCCAAGGAUCAUGCCGACAAAAGAAACAGCUUCUCUGAAUAUGUAACGCAUCACCUCUUGGGAGGACCUGAGGGCGUGGAAUGCGGUAGCAUUGGCGCUUCUAGCAACUGCAGACAAUCUACCAGCUGUAGCAAGCUCACAGCAACUGCCAAGUGGGGUGCUGCGGCGGAACUCAUCUUCAAUUCCCUUGUCAAUAUCAACACGAUGUAUGUUGAGUUCAGGGAGGCCCUUAUUGCUGACGCUGCACUUGUCAUUGACAACACUCUUCCUGACUUGGAGAACACAUUUGCCCCUGUUCCUCCGAAGCAGGAUGAUUCUUGGUUGAACACUCUAUUGGGUCUCCUUGCCUUGGGUGUGCCAAUGGUUGGAGGGAAAUUCUUCGAUGACGGUAAUCCUCCAAAUCUCCUGUUUUUGAGUUCAUUCCUGGCUUGCUCACACAUCAUUAUAGUUCUCGCUCACAUACCAGCUAUGACCGCCAAGAGCGCAACGUCGAAGGACCACUACAAGGGUGUAUUCAACGCUAUUCUCACCGGUCCCGUCACGAUCGGCACGAACAUGAAGCCUAGCAAUGUACCGGAGGACUGGGACAUCAAAAAGCAAGCCAAAUUCUCCAAAUACAUGGGUCAGAGCAUGGAUGGAUGGAAAGUGGUCUUCACAGAGGAUCUCGAGAACCUGUUUGACGGAUCUGACAAGUCUAUUGAAAGGCUCACCACAAUGAUUUCCGACGCAGGUAUGCUUCACGGCAUUCCAGAAGACAUCCCCUACCCCGAUAAGAUCAAACGCAAGGAACCAGACGACAAGAAAGAAAUCAUUGCGACAAAAUCUCAGAUCGAUGCCGUGGAAACUGGUUUCCUCACUACUUUCUGGGCAUAUGCCAUUCCCGCUGUUUGGCAGGCCUCGGGCCAUCAUCCUUUCAUCAUUGACACUGGUCGAAGCUGCGAUGACAAGCAUAGUGACAAGUACACCAAGGACUUAAAAUCGGCAUGCUUUGAAAAACGACUGUACCAAUUAGCUGAUCCUGUUGGAAAAUCACACCCUUGCAGCAAGAAUUGUGGGUUCCCUGGGGGCUGCACGUGUCCCGACACUGACUUCUCUUCGCCCAAGGGCGUGGGGGAGCUCGAUGGCAAGACCUGGAAUGGUCUCAAGGUCGACGAUAUAAUUAUCGGAUCUGUCAAAACAUACAAGCAGAACGGCAACGAGAACGGUGGAGGUAAGGCUGAUGCCACGAAUUCUGGUACAUUCGACGCCCUCAAGAAAUUGGAUGUCACAACUCCUGGGUUCAUGCGCCUCCCCGUAUGCAGCGAGACUCUGGCCCGCAAAUCGUGGGAAAAUUCCGACAAGACCGACGCGACCAGAGACAGAGAGGGCUUCCCGUGCAACAUUGACAAUGGCAAGGCUUACUGCGCCACAUCGAAGUCAACCUAUAUCAAGGAGACUUCUGGUGGAUCGCCCCUGAUCGAUGAUUGUCUUGCCCUUGUCAACAAGAUUCAAGGAACCAGUAAGUACUGGGACAAGCCGAUCGAGAGACAGUUUGGGAUUGUCAGUUCUGGUACAUGCACUUUCGGCAUUGAGGGCAAAGGACGUAAAGGCAAUGCCAACGAGCAAGUCGGGGCCCAGGACGUCGUUGAUAUCAUCCGGUAUGCUGUGAAGCACUGGGGUAAGGGAAACACCAGAAUGGGUGGCAGAGGAUCCAUGCAGUGCGAGGGGAACAUCAAGAAGCAGAAGGUGAAUUGGGCUAUAUACAAGAAAUAG